AUUGAAUAAUGCCCCUGUUUCGUAAUUAACUGUGACCAAUAUUUGACCAGAGUACUUGUUGCUGGGUAUCUUUUGCUCAUGGUAUACUUCAUAUCUCAAGAUAACUUUGAACAUUUUCGGAAGACUACUAGUACAACAUACUAGCCACUUCACACAGUGGUUCGGGAUCAUGUGCUAAAGGUUACAGAAAAUGGAGUGGUUGACAACAUCAAUUUCUAUAGUGCUAAUAAUUGUCUGCCCAUUGUGGACCUAUUUGUGGUGGACCAGACCCUUAGAAAAGAAACAAAUUGUAAAUCCAAUUGCACGACAUUACACGGUUCCAGAAUGGAAUUUUUGCCUAAAACGAUGGUGGGCUGCAUAUUGUAUAGAGAAUGCAAAACAAAAACAAAUUGAAAGAUUGCAGAGCUCAUCAAAAAAUACAGCUGAAGAUGGGACACUUGUUAAAAAAUUGCCAAAAGAACUGGAAGAUCUUAGAAUAUUAAAAGAUGAAGAUAGUUCUGAUAGUACCUUCUUUUAUGCAGCUGAUCAAAAGGGUAACUUCGUUUUUAUAAGUUUAGCGUUCACAAGACAUCGGAUUGCUGAAUUGAUACUUCACCUACAUUUAGCUGACGGCCGUAUAUAUCAACUUCCAAAUCAUCCUGACAGUGUUAUUUUCAACAACAGUAGCCGUGGAUGGUCGGCAGGUGGAUUAAAAAUUACACCUUUGGAAUCAUGGAGACGGUGGAGAAUUACUUUCAAUGGUUUAUUAAGAAAUGGGAUCCGACGUAAUUAUCGUGCAGAUGCGACACACAUAGAACAUGUACGAUUCAAUUUUAUAUACAUUGCCGCGGCAAAACCAUUAUUAUGGCCGAAAGAUUGGAGUUCCAGUUUACAAGCUGAUGCUCUAGCUAGAGAGCCUUGGAGGGACCCUCAAUGGAUAGACAUGAUUAAAUCCGAUAAAACUGGUGGAUUUGAUCACUGGGGAACCCUAACUGGUCAAAUAAUCUUUGAAGAUUCAUCAAGUAAUGACUUGUAUUUGCGAGGCUUACGACAAAGACGCUGGGGCAGACGCAAUGCCUCACAUUUACAUAGAAUGGUCAACAUUGUCGGCGUGACACACGAUGGAGCAAUGUACUGUUUGGGUGCAAGCAGUUCUAAGGAAGGCUUAACGCAUAUGCAAUUUGGCCACAUCAGACAAGCUAAUGAAUUGCUAUACCCUAUUGACUGGAUGGAUUUUGAUUUAGCUUUUUACGCGGAACAAAGAGAAAAUAUUCCAACUAGGUACAACGUCAACUUUCAAGCUGGCGGUAAAAAAUACAGCCUCGUAAUUUCCCGCAUAAUGGAUACUGGAGCUACUCUGUUUGGGGGACAUCCGUGGGAUUGGGAAGCGAGAGUUUUUAACACAGAAACUAAACUGAAUUAUGAUGAAGGUUUCGGAAUAGCCUACUUAUGGUAUAAUUAUGAUGGCCCUUGUCCUGUGUACUCAGUGCCCCGAAUAUCACACUUAUUACCAUUGGACAUGAAAGGUGAACUAGACUUGUACACAGUUCCAUUUGAGAAUCGAGUCUGCCGUAGUGAGGCAGUCGUUGGUGGUAAAGGAUCUUCGAUAGCAUUACUCAUGUCUGUUCCUGACAAGGAGUUUGUGGUGCCUUGUGGGUUCUGCAUCACUGUAGCUGCAUUGAACCUACAGAUAGAGCGCAAUAACGAACUAUCAGAUGCUGUCAACUAUGUAGAAAGAGUCAGUACAGGCAAAUUAGAUGGGGAUCUCAAACAAGCCUGUGAAAAAGCUGUAGCACUUUUUGCAAAAAUUCCGAUACUUCAUUGUAUACAGGCUGCAAUAAACCAAUCUAUGUUGGAUCUUGAUACUUACUUGCAAGCUGAAUCGAUGACAGGUGACAAACAUGGAAGAUUUGCAGUAAGAUCUAGUGCUGUUGGGGAAGAUAGCAAGGACACUUCUGCUGCAGGCCAAAAUGCAACUUUUCUUGGACUUCGAGGCCCUGAAAACAUAAUCAAAGCUGUUGCAAAAUGCUGGGGUAGCUUAUAUGCAUAUCAAAGCGUGCAAUACAGGAGACAGCAUGGGCAACCUGUGGUAGCUGAAAUGGGGGUCUGUGUACAGCAAAUGGUAGAUGCAGAAGCAGCUGGUGUCAUGUUCACCAGACAUCCUACUACUGGUGAUCCAAGAGAAGUUCUUAUAACAGCCAACUAUGGACUUGGAGAGAGUGUUGUUUCUGCAAUGAUUGAACCAGAUAUGGUAAUUGUCGAACGAAGUUGGAGCAAUAAGAUGAAUAUCAAAGAGAUCAAACUAGGGAAAAAAACCCUUAAAAUUUCAAUGACACCAUACGAAGGUACAACAACUGAGGUGCUAACUGAAUCUGAAAACCAAGAACCUUGUAUUUCCGAAGAAAUGAUUUUAAAAUUAGGAAAAUUGGGUGUACACCUGGAGAUGUUGUUUGGCUCUCCUCGUGACAUAGAAUGGGCUGUUGUCCGUGGUGAAAUAUUUUUGUUACAAGCUCGCCCAAUUACUGCCUUAGACGCAUGCACAGAUUUUGAGAUAAUCCACGAAUUAGAUUCACCUGUGCCAAGUGAAAUAGAUACAGUAAUUUUUUCGAAUAUUGGAGAGGUUUUCCCUGGUGCUGUUUCUCCAUUGACAUUAAGUACCAUUAUUCGUUUAUUAAACAACGCAAUCGAAGUUAAUUCGUUGAAUGCACCAGCUAAUCCUUACUAUGAGCAUUGUAUAAGUACUGUCGCAAUGAGAUGUUGUCUCCAUUAUCUUAAUGUAAUGCUGAAGUACGUUGAAUCCAAAAUAUCUCUUGGUAACAAAGUAGUAGAGAUUGCAGUUUCUGGUCAUGUGGUAUUAACACCUGAGAUUCAUGCCUCUGCAAAAAGGCGUAACAAUUCAAUAGGAAUUGCAUCUAAAUUAAAACUAUUUAAGAACAUGUUUCAAGAUACUUGGAACAAUGAUAUGAUUGUGGAAAAAGCUAAGAAGGUUCACAAAACGAUGAAGCUUGAUUCUGAAAGUUUUGUGAGGGCUGAACAUCUCUAUAGUGUUAUUGAUGAUAACUUGUCAAAAUUUUUCGAGGUUUCAAUGGCUCAUUCCCACACAUCCCGCGUAAGUGUAUUCUGUCAAGUAUUUGCAAUGACGGUAUUGACAGAAGGCAGUCAAGAAUUCACCACAGAUCAUUACUCAGAUGUGGCUCUUCUUCUGAGCUCCUGUAGUGAUGUUGUUAGUGCUCAAGUCCCUUCUGCCUUGCGUAAGCUCGGGCAAACAAUAAAAAAUAGUGGAAAAAUAGGAGAGUUUAUCCAGAUAGAGCCAAAGGAUGCUAAAAAUUGGCUGAAUCUUAACUGUACACCAGCUGCAAUCAUGUUCGAUGAUUUCUUAAAACUGCACGGAGACAGAACUAUAAGGGAAUUUGAUUUGAUGACUGAAACAUGGGAAAUGAAACCAGAACAACUUCUAGCAACUUUACAGGUAUCUGCUGAAUCAUCAGGGGAAUUUCCAAUUUCUGAGGAACUGACCGCAGCUGAAACAGUAGAUCGCUUGAAGACUCCAAAAAGAAGUUUGACCCGCCGGAUUUUGAAACUGCUGGUUCCUCUCAAUAGAAGCGCAGUUAUGCGUAGAGAAUUAACCAAGUCCAUUUCAAUCUCGAUCGUGAAUAAAUUACGACUAGCAUACAGAAAACUCGCUCAGCUAAUGGUUGAAGAUGGCCAAUUACCUGAUAAAAAUUUGAUAUUCUUUCUAACUCAUCCAGAAAUUGGUUUAUUAUUAUCAAAGCAAGACCCUUCAUUGGUUCAAAAGGCGAUGAGAAGACGUAGACUUUACCCUUACUGUGAUAAACUACGAUUCCCAGAAGUGAUUACAGGUGUUGUGAAACCACUUGAAGCGGAGUCUCAUGCUCAAAUUAGAGAGGGAGGGGCUCAAGUAUCAGGGACACCGGUGUGCGGAGGAUCAGUAUAUGGCCGUGCAUGUGUGAUUACAGAUGUAAAGGAUGCGGUUCAGUUAAAACCUGGUGACAUUCUAAUAACUAUUGCCACCGAUAUCGGCUGGAGUCCUUAUUUCCCAAUGCUGGGUGGAGUAGUUACCGAACUUGGAGGACUUAUCAGUCAUGGAGCAGUUGUAGCUAGAGAAUACGGCCUGCCUUGUAUUGUUGGUGCAGAAAGAGCUACGCAAAUGUUUUGCACAGGCGAUUCAGUAUUACUAGUUGGAACAACAGGAGUACUACAAGUUGUCGAAGAAACCACGUAAGGAAUCUUUUGUCCCAUGAAUAUGGAUUCUACAUGUAUAUACAUAUAAAUAUCUAUAUACAGAGAAGCUCAUCGCUCACACAAUGGCCCUCGAAUAAAUAUGCUUUCAGCAUUUGAUCGUGGUGGUAUCAUACUCAAUAAAUAUCCAUUGAACAAUUUGAAAA